AUGCGGACCCCGCGAGCGCCCCCUCCCCGCCCGGCCCUACUGCUCCUGCUGCUGCUACUGGGAGGCUCCCACGGCCUCUUCCCCGAGGAGCCGCCGCCACUCAGCGUGGCCCCCAGGGACUACCUGAACUACUAUCCCGUGUUCGUGGGCAGUGGGCCAGGACACCUGACCCCCGGAGAGGGCACCGACGAUCUCAACAUCCAGGACAACCUGUACCGGGUGGAGCUGGAGCCCCCCACGUCCAUGGAGCUGCGGUACCAGCGGAAGCUGACCUGGCGCUCCAACCCCAGCGACAUCAACGUGUGUCGUAUGAAGGGCAAGCAGGAGGGCGAGUGUCGAAAUUUUGUAAAGGUGCUUCUACUUCGGGACGAAUCCACGCUCUUCGUGUGUGGUUCCAAUGCCUUCAACCCCGUGUGUGCCAACUACAGCAUGGACACACUGCAGCCCCUCGGGGACAACAUCAGCGGCAUGGCCCGCUGCCCAUACGACCCCAAACACGCCAAUGUUGCCCUCUUCUCUGAAGGGAUGCUCUUCACAGCCACCGUUACCGACUUCCUAGCCAUCGACGCCGUCAUCUACCGCAGCCUCGGGGACCGGCCCACUCUGCGCACCGUGAAACACGACUCCAAGUGGUUCAAAGAGCCCUACUUUGUCCACGUGGUGGAGUGGGGCAGCCACAUCUACUUUUUCUUCCGGGAGAUCGCAAUGGAGUUUAACUACCUGGAAAAGGUGGUGGUGGCCCGUGUGGCCCGGGUGUGCAAGAAUGACGUGGGCGGCUCCCCUCGCGUGCUGGAGAAGCAGUGGACGUCAUUCCUGAAGGCGCGGCUCAAUUGCUCGGUGCCGGGGGACUCCCACUUCUAUUUCAACGUGCUGCGGGCCGUCACGGGCGUGGUCAGCCUGGGGGGCCGGCCCGUGGUCCUUGCUGUUUUCUCCACACCCAGCAACAGCAUCCCCGGCUCGGCCGUCUGCGCCUUUGACAUGACACAGGUGGCUGCCGUGUUUGAGGGCCGCUUCCGUGAGCAGAAGUCCCCUGAGUCCAUCUGGACACCCGUGCCGGAGGACCAGGUGCCACGGCCCCGGCCCGGAUGCUGUGCAGCUCCCGGCAUGCAGUACAAUGCCUCCAGCGCCUUCCCAGACGAGAUCCUCAACUUCGUCAAGACACACCCCCUGAUGGACGAGGCAGUGCCCUCACUGGGCCACGCACCCUGGAUUGUUCGGACUCUGAUGCGGUACCAGCUGACGCGAGUGGCUGUGGACGUGGGCGCCGGCCCCUGGGGCAACCAGACUGUCGUCUUCCUGGGUUCUGAGGCAGGCACUGUCCUCAAGUUCCUUGUCUGGCCCAACGCCAGUGCCUCGGGCACCACCGGGCCCAGUGUCUUCCUGGAGGAGUUUGAGACCUACCGGCCGGACAGGUGUGGACGCUCUGGGGGUGGCGAGACAGGGCAGCGGCUGCUGAGCCUGGAGCUGGAUGCGGCCUCGGGUGGCCUGCUGGCAGCCUUUCCCCGCUGUGUGGUCCGAGUGCCCGUGGCGCGCUGCCAGCAAUACUCCGGAUGCAUGAAGAACUGUAUUGGCAGUCAGGACCCCUACUGCGGCUGGGCCCCGGAUGGUUCCUGCAUCUUCCUCAGCCCCGGCACCAGAGCCACCUUUGAGCAGGACGUGUCCGGGGCCAGCACCUCAGGCUUAGGGGACUGCACAGGACUCCUGGGGGCCAGCCUCUCGGAGGAGCGCGCCGGGUUGGUAUCGGUGAACCUGCUGGUGACGUCGUCGGUGGCGGCCUUCGUGGUGGGCGCCGUGGUGUCCGGCUUCAGCGUGGGCUGGUACGUGGGGCUCCGCGAGCGGCGCGAGCUGGCCCGCCGCAAGGACAAGGAGGCCAUCCUGGCGCACGGGGGCGGCGAGGCCGUGCUGAGCGUGAGCCGUCUGGGCGAGCGCCGGGCGGGCGGCCCCGGGGGCCGGGCCGGGGGCGGCGGCGGGCCCGGGGUUCCCCCCGAGGCCCUGCUGGCGCCCCUGAUGCAGAACGGGUGGGCCAAGGCCACGCUGCUGCAGGGCGGCUCCCACGACCUGGACUCGGGGCUGCUGCCCACGCCCGAGCAGACGCCGCUGCCCCAGAAGCGCCUGCCCACCCCGCACCCGCACGCCCUGGGCCCCCGCGCCUGGGAGCACGGCCACACGCUGCUCACGGCCUCCCUCUCAUCCUCCCUCCUGCUGCUGGCCCCUGCCCGCGCCCCCGAGCCGCCCCCCGCGCCCGGCGAGCCGCCACCGCCCACCGGCAGCCUCCGGAGGCCGGGCGCGCACGCCCCGCCCGCCGCCGCGCUGCGGCGCACGCCCACGAUCAACAGCGGCGAGGCCCGGCCCCGCGGCCGCCACGCCCGGCCCGGCACGGACUUGGCCCACCUCCUGUCGUACGGGGGCCCGGACAGGACUGCGCCCCCAGUGCCCUAG